UUAAAAUGAGCCUUACAGACAUUCUAAGCCCCUCUGAUAUUGCUGCUGCUCUGCGGGACUGCCAAGCUCCAGAUUCCUUUAGUCCCAAAAAAUUCUUUCAGAUCAGUGGGAUGUCUAAAAAGAGCAGCAGUCAGCUCAAGGAGAUCUUCCGGAUUCUCGACAAUGAUCAAAGUGGCUUUAUUGAAGAAGAUGAACUCAAGUAUUUUCUUCAGAGGUUUGAGUGUGGAGCCAGAGUGUUAACCAGCUCAGAAACCAAGACCUUCCUGGCCACUGCAGAUCACGAUGGGGAUGGUAAAAUUGGGGCUGAAGAAUUCCAGGAAAUGGUGCAGGCUUAGAGGUUC